AUGGGGCCCACCGACGCCGAAGUUGACGCUGCGCUGAAGCAUGAAAAACUGGGUCAAAUUGUCGACGAUGUACGCAGAGCUGCAAGUGAAUGGGGUUUCUUUUACAUUGCCAACCACGGUUUGCCACAACAAGAAGUUGACGAGUUCCAAGACUCCAUGCGAUCCUUCUUCCGUCUUCCUGAGGAGACCAAACGUACCAUCCUCCGUACAGCCAGCAACACCCGCGGGUACGUCGUGGAUGGACUAACCAAGAACAAAACGGACUGGAAAGAGUGUUUUGACUUCGCUGGUGCCCAUGAAGACGGCCCUCCGACUGACAAGGUCGAACGCCUGUUCGAAGACCAAAAUCAAUGGCUAGACGAAGAAUCGUUGCCCGGGUUUCGUCACGAGAUGCAAACGUACUACAAGAAGAUGGAGUACGUUGCUCGUCGCUUGUUGAAGGUGUUCGCCAUUGCUUUGGGUGCGUUCUUUGACAAAUUCUACCAAGGAAACCAUUCAAGUCUAUUGAGAUUGAACCACUAUCCCGUGGCACCGGAACCGGAGAAGACGAUGGGAGUCUACCACCACACCGACUUUGGUGCUCUCACCAUCUUGUUGCAAGAUGACGAAGUAGCGUCUCUGCAGGUGCUUCACCGUAUAUCGCAGACGUGGGUCGAUGUACCACCUCGAAAGGGAGCCGACACCAUCAACAUCGGUGACAUGGUACAGGUGUGGUCGAACGAUAAGUUCGUUGCGCCGCUGCACCGCGUUGUUGCUAGUGAUAAGGCUGGUCGCUUCUCCGCUCCGUUCUUCUACAACCCGUCGAACCACGUGACGGUGGAGCCCAUUGUGGUGCAAGAGGGCGAGGUGGCCAACUAUCGUCCGUUCAAUUGGCGCCAAUACCAGUUGAAUCGUUACCAAGGCAACUACGCCGACGUGGGCAAGGAAAACCAAAUCGGCGACUUCAAAAUCCACGGGUUGCCAAUGCUUAAUGCAACACAAGAGUGA